AUGUCUGUCUCUUUACCUUUGAACUACGAGCGUUGGCGUGCCUUGCUCAGGGGUUUCUGGGUAGCUGUGGUGGUUUACUCCAUGCUGGUUCUCAUCCUGGUCUACACCUUCCAGUUCCCCUCGUCCCCCUACACCUGGAGCUACUACACUGGACUCAGCACUCACAGGCUGGAGGAUGUUGGCUUGGAGAAGUUCUCAGUUCCUGUUCUCUUUACUAAGAUCUUCAUCCCUGCUGCGUUCCUAUUGGUGUGCAUCGUACACCUGCAUUACUUCCACGAGCCGUUCCUGCAGCUGACCGACCUGAAGACUGUGGUGGACACUCACAACAGCACCAUCACCAGAUUGGUCCACUCUGAUGGCAGCCUGUUCGACCUGUCGGUCGGUGGAACUAGUCAGUUGCUCCAGGAGGAAGAGAAGAUAGGAGGACAGGGGGAGAGAGAGGAAGAGACAGAGGAGAAGGAAGAGGAAUCCUGUGUGUUUGACAAGGAAACCCUGUCUGACCAUAUAGCAGUGCUGGUCUCCUGGAGGUUGGUGGUGGAUCGUCUCUCUGUUUUGUUCCUCCGCCUGCUCCUGUCUCUGCAGCGACUGCAGCACCUCCUCUGGUGGCUCCUAGAACUACACAUCAUCAAGAUAGUCUCCUCCUACAUCAUCUGGGUCUCUGUGAAGGAGGUUUGUGUAUUUAACCUGGUGUUUGUGCUGUAUGUGGGCGUGGCAUUGCCCUGCAGGGCAUGGCGCCCCCUGCUCUCAGGCAUCUGUACAGUUUGGAUCUGUGUGGUGACCGUCUGUAAGAUGUUGUACCAACUUAGCGUCGUCCAGCCAAGCCGAUACUCCUCCAAUUGCACCGUGCCAGGUAACUCCAGCACCGACCUGUCUCGCUCUGUUCUGUACGCUGGUCCGGUUGACCCCGCCCAGUGGGUGGGGCUUCGUAAGACAGAAGAAAAACUGCUUGAUUACCUGAAGUAUAACCUGAUGAUGUUAGCGCUGUUAGCCUUCGAGGUGACCAUUUACAGACACCAGGAGCUCCACCGUCUCAACCAUAACAAAGUCCCGCCCCCCACCAAAACGCUGUUUCAUGACAUCACCAGGCGUCACCUAGACGACAGCGUGCUGUGCUGUGUUAAGUACUUCCUCAACUACUUCUUCUACAAGUUUGGACUGGAGACCUGCUUCCUUUUGGCCGUGAACGUGAUUGGACAGCGGAUGGAUCUGUUUGCUGUUGGCCACGCCUGCGGCCUCAUCACCAUCCUAUCACGGCGCAGCAGGAAGCGCAUUGCGUCAGUGUGGCCCAAGUACUGCUACUUCCUGUCGGGGCUGUUGUGUUUCCAGUACCUGUUGUGUAUUGGAUUCCCUCCAGCUGCCUGUAAAGAUUAUCCCUGGAGACCUCCGUCCUCCAACAUGGACUCCAAUGUGGUGAAGUGGCUCUUCCUCCCUGAUCACCUGACACCCCCCAACCCCCUCUUCCUCCUCUAUGACUUCCUUCUCCUCCUCGGCGCCUCUCUGCAGCUGCAGGUGUUUGAGGAGGAGCUUCAGCCGUCGGUCCAGAUCCUUGCAGGAGACAACAGUGAGCUGGACGAAGAUGACGGGCAGGUCUCUGAUCCCAUCAGACGACUCCGUCUCAGCGCGGUCCCUGACUUCAUGAUGUGCAGGUCUUACCUGGACAUGAUGAAGGUGAUCAUCUUCAGCUACAUGUUCUGGUUCGUCCUCACCAUAAUCUUCAUCACCGGGACGACCAGGAUCAGUAUCUUCUGCAUGGGCUACCUGGUGGCCUGUUUCUACUUCCUGUUGGUGGGCGGAGAGCUGCUUCUGAAGCCAGCCAAAUCCAUCCUGGUGUACUGGGACUGUCUGAUUGGCUACAAUGUGUUCGUCAUCACCAUGAAGAAUAUUCUUUCGAUCCUGGCCUGCGGGUUCAUUAAGUCCCUGGUGCUGAAUCACUGUUGGCUCAUUCAGCUCUUCAGUCUGGCCUGCACCAUCAAAGGAUACACCAAACCGGAGCAGCAGAGUAGUAAACAGUGUGAGUUGCCGAGUGACGAGGCGGGGAUCAUCUGGGACGGCGUGUGUUUCUGUUUCCUGUUGCUGCAGAGGAGAGUCUUCAGGAGUCACUACUUCCUGUAUGUGGUACUGGACCUGCAAAAUACACAACUGCUGGCCUCCAGAGGGGCGGAGCUCUUCGAGGCGUCCACAGUGAAAGCUGUCAGAGCGAGACUGGAGGUGGAGAAGACAUCCAUGGACCUGCUGAAGAGACAGAUGGAGAGGAUUAAAACUCGACAGCAGAAGUUCCGCAGAGGAAAAGAGAAGAUGUUGAGCUGGAAACGAGACAGCGUUCAAACUGAUGGUCAGGAAAACAAGAAGGGGCAGCGACAGAAGGAGUGGUGGAGACCAUGGGUAAACCACACCUCAAUGGUGAGAAGUGGUGACUACUACCUGUUUGAGACAGACAGUGAGGAGGAGGAUGAGGAGAAGGAGGAGGAGGAGGAGAAGAAGGAGGAGCUACCUGAGAAAUCAGCCUUCCAAUUUGUCUACCAUGCAUGGAUAACAGACUCCAGAACAGCAAUGCGAACUCGCAACAACCAGAAGAAACUCUGGAAAAAAAACUCCUCAGAGCGAAGGGGCAGGAAGGAGGAGCUGAAAGGAGCAGCUGGAGUUAUAGAAGCGACGGAGGAGAAUGAGGAAGACGGAGAGGAGGAGGAGAAAGAGGAGGGACCAGAAACUGUGUUGCGCCGGUUCUCCAACACGUUGCGGUUCUGUUGGGUCCUACUGUCGGCUCUGCUGGACUCUCUGACUGCCUGGCUCAGAGGCCUGUGUCAGGAACACAUUGACAUAUCGACCGUGCUCCGCAUAGAGCACUGCAUGCUCACGCUGCAGGCCAAGCAGGGUAAUGUUCCCACCAGAGAGGCAAUCCAUGUUUACUAUCAAGAACAGAUGAUGAAAACUUCCACAGAGUCAGGCCUGGACUACAGUACCCAUGAGGCCGAGGGGCAGACCUCAGCAGAGAGGAGAAUGGUGGAGGUAGAAGAGGAAGAGGGUGUGAGUCCUGAAAUAGAUGAAGAAGAAGCAGGAGGUCAAACAGCCGAGGAGAAACCAGAGACUAAACCAGGAGAUUAUCCAACAUCAGGAAGAGUUCCACUUGAGCUAGCAGGAGCAGAUUGUCCUGAUGAAACAGAACCAGUAUCAAGAAGAGAAACAGAAAUAAAAACUGUUCCAGGAGGAGAGCCAUCUGAAACAGAACUAGAAUCAGCAUCAGGAGGAGAUGUCUCAGCUGAACUAGUGUCAGCAGAGGAAACUUCAGGGGUAGCAGAGGCUCCAUCCUUAGGAGGUAAACCAGAGGCAGUAACAGCAGCAGGUGACCCACUGGUGGAAAGUGAAGAUUACCCAGAAUGCCUGGUGGCAAAAACCAGCCAAAGAUUGCGACCCAAACUGUCCAGGAUGGAGAUCGUCCAGUCUUCAUCCUCUUUGUCCUCAGAAGAGGAAAGCACCAGUCGGACUAACAGGUGCGAAGAACCAAACCAGCAACUUCUUGUCGACACGCAGCCUAUGAACACCAUCACCAAUGCCUCCUCCCCCACCUCGCUCUCCUCUCCCCUCCUCCCCCCCUCCUACAGCCUCGCUCUGGGCCUGGACCUGCACGAAGAGGAGGCAGGGGGAGCAGGGGAACACAGCGGCAGCAGUCAGUUGCUGGUUCAGACUCUGUGGGAAAGGAGGGACUUCCUGUCUGACUCGGUCUCCACUUCCUGUCUGCUGGCGUCUCGCACUCAGGAGCUGACAGCCAGCGAGCUGCUCAGGAACAGGACUUUCUACGAUGAGGAGCUGGAGGCAUCAGACCAGUUCUACGCCAACCAACACCAGCUGCUCCAGCUGUGCUACGCCCUCUACAACAUCCUGGCAGCCAGGUCGGAGACGGUGUGUUACCUGGUCAUCGUGUUGAACCACAUCGUGUCUGCCAGCUGUCUGACGCUGGUGCUUCCUGUUCUGGUGUUUCUCUGGGCGACGCUGUCCGUCCCUCGACCCAGUAAGACCUUCUGGAUGACGGCCAUCAUCUACACCGAGGUUGCCAUAGUCAUCAAAUAUUUCUUCCAGUUCGGUUUCUUUCCGUUCAACCAGAAACUGGAGGUGGACCGCUCCAAACCAUUCCACCCACCGAACAUCCUGGGGGUGGAGAAGAAGGAAGGCUACGUCCUGUAUGACCUGCUGCAGCUGCUUGCUUUGUUCUAUCACCGAGCCAUACUCAAGUGCCACGGACUGUGGGACCAGACUGUGCCCACGGAGGCCGACACUCUCCGUCACCCUUCCGCCCACCGCGCCACCUUCAUUGAACCUGAUGACCCCAUCAACACGCUGCGGCGCCGUGGCAGGAGAAGGACGCGCUCCAGCUCCACACAGCAGCGCUCUCCUGCAGGCAGCGUGAGCUCCAGACAUCAGCAGCCCAGCAGGUUGGAUCUGCUGCUGGAGAAACUCAGAGAAGUUUCCAUCAGAGCCAGGAAAUACUCUGUUAGCAGGUGUAUGUCUCUUUACCGGCCAGCCCUUCAGUUCUUCAGAGCUCUCGUCCAACCAGAAUACAGCGCUGUCACUGAUGUUUAUGUCCUCAUGUUCCUCGCCGACACCGUCGACUUCAUCAUCAUUGUCUUUGGCUUCUGGGCCUUUGGAAAACACUCUGCAGCUGCUGACAUCACUUCCUCCCUGUCAGAAGACCAAGUUCCUGAAGCUUUCCUGGUGAUGGUUCUGAUCCAGUUUGGUACCAUGGUGAUAGACCGGGCUCUGUACUUGAGGAAGACCGUUUUGGGGAAGUUGGUCUUCCAGGUGAUUUUGGUUUUUGGGAUUCACUUCUGGAUGUUCUUCAUUCUGCCGACGGUCACAGAGAGGCGGUUCAAUCAGAAUCUGGUGGCUCAGCUCUGGUAUUUUGUCAAGUGUGUUUACUUUGGUCUGUCAGCCUAUCAGAUUCGAUCUGGUUACCCGACACGAGUUCUUGGAAACUUCCUGACGAAGAGCUACAACUACCUCAACCUCUUCCUGUUCCAGGGUUUCCGUCUGGUUCCCUUCCUGACGGAGCUGAGGGCGGUGAUGGACUGGGUCUGGACAGACACCACUCUGUCUCUGUCCUCCUGGAUCUGUGUGGAGGACGUUUAUGCCCACUGCUUCGUCUUAAAGUGCUGGAGGGAGUCUGAGAAGAGGUACCCUCAGCCUCGCGGCCAGAAGAAGAAGCGCGUGGUGAAGUAUGGGAUGGGCGGUCUGAUCGUUCUGCUGCUCAUCUGUAUUGUCUGGUUUCCGCUGCUCUUCAUGUCGCUCAUCAAAUCUGUAGCUGGAGUCGUCAACCGACCGCUUGACAUCUCUCUGACCAUCACGCUGGGAGGGUUCCAGCCGAUCUUCACAAUGAGUGCGCAGCAGAAUCAACUCAAAGAUCUGACAGAGGAAGACUUCAGCUCUUUCACUAGCUCCUACAGCUACACACCUAGUGCCUUGCAGUUCCUGGAGGCGUACAGUCAUGAGGACGUGACUGUGGCGGAGCUGCAGGGCAGCAGUAACUCUCUGUGGACCAUCAGUCCUCCCAGCAGGCAGUACCUGAGUCAGGUGCUCAGCCUUGACCACUUCCCCCUGACUUUGUCCUGGACUGUUCAGAGGAACUUGAGUCUGGGGGCGAAGGCUGAGCUUGCAUCAGGUAAACAUGUGACCUACCUGGAUGACCAGACUCGCCUGGAGCUGAUCCAGCUUCUGAAUGGAACCAGGACACUUCCUGUGGUGAUACAGGAAGUGUUGCCAUGUUUCAUUCGAGCUCCCAGCGACUCCAACGCCAAACCCAUCGAACAGCUUUACACAGACGGCCACUACAAGGACAUCCUGCUGGCCCUGGAGCGGUCGACCAAUCAGAGCCAUGAGAUCCAGGAGUGGUGGAUCGUCGAUCAACCGGCUGCCAGCCUGGUGCCAGUUGGGGGCAGAGCUUCGCUGAGUGACAGGACGGAGGCAGGGCUCCAGCUGUUUGUGUUCAGUGAUAAAGUCAGUCCUCCGAGUCUGGGCUUCCUUGCUGGAUAUGGCAUCAUGGGAUUGUACGCCUCGGUGGUGUUGGUGAUUGGGAAGUUUGUCAGAGAGUUCUUCAGUGGGAUCAGUCACUCCAUCAUGUUCGAGGAGCUGCCCUGUGUCGACCGCAUCCUCAAACUCUGCACCGACAUCUUCUUGGUGAGAGAGACAGGUGAGCUGGAGCUGGAGGAAGAGCUUUACGCCAAGCUGAUCUUCCUGUAUCGAUCACCGGAGACUCUGAUCAAAUGGACCCGACGCUGACCUACUCCAUCAACAUAGUACUGAUUAUAAACAUUAGCUAUUAUGACCUGCAGUGACAUCACAGACUGUGACAUCAUCAGUGUCUGUGUUUGUGGAGAACAUGACCAUGGAGAGAAAGUUCUCCAGAUGUUCCUGUUAGAUCGAAGGAACUGAGCUGGACUAAAAAACUGGAAGAUUAACUGAAUUUUAUUUUGAAGCUUUGAAUGAACGAGAAGCUUGAGGAACGUUACCUGUUUACUGUGUGACCAAUAGGAACAGAGCUAACCAGACAGUGUUAUGGGAAUAUUAAGUAUUGAUUAUUGAUAAUCAGUAACUGCAGGGAUAUUUCACAUCCUGGAAAACCUGGAAUUAUUUAAUGCAGCUUUUCAGUUGUUGUCCUGGAAAGGUCUCUGAACUCUGAAUGCUCCUUCAGAUAGACAGCGAUGAUGUUUGGUGAAAGCACCAAUCAGUGAUCCAAAUGUAAACCAAAGCCCCACCCACUUCCCAAACUCAAACCACAUGAUUGGAUGCUGCUGCUGUUUAAAUACAGGGACUAACAACAACUAAAUGUGAGUCAUUAAUGUGUGACAAACUCAUUUUUCAGGACAUUUUCAAUGACUUCCUGUUUGAGGAUUGAUAGAGUGAACACUUCUUCUGUUUUGAUUAACAGCGUUAGGGUUAAUCAAGUCUCUGCACAGCUGUUUUCACUUAUUUGUAUUUAUUUUACUUCACUAGCUUCAGCAUUCUGUUAGCACUGUAGCCAAAGCUUCACAGUAGCUUUAAGGCUCUAUAUUAGCUCUAUGUUUUGUGUAAUUAGUUCUAUAUUAGCUUUAUGUUAGCUGUACUUGGCUCAAAGUUAGCUCUACUUUAGCUUUAUGCUAACACUACAUUGUUGUCAGUUUCCACUACAGGAACUUUCCCAGGGAACCAAUAGCCUGUUGAUAGCAGUGGGUGGAUCCACACCUAAAACACUGCUAAACAUCGAUACUAGAAUACUGGUACUAUGUACUUCACUACGUUGCUACCUGUACCGUUAACAAAUGUACUGCAUUGAGAAUAAAGUUAUUAUGGCAUACCAAAUUUAAGCUGAUUUGCCAAACUCAGGGGAACAGCAAGAAGAUCUGUUCUUUCAGCGCCGAUAACAUGAGAUUACAUAAUCAUCUGGCUAAGCCAAUCAGAGACAGAGUAGGGCGGGUCAUGCCUUCACCACAGUAGGGCUCCGUUGGAAAAGUCUUUUUUGCUCAGGAAGGUUCUGACUGAGUGGAGUGAUCUAGAAGUGGCAGCCAUGAUAAUCGUAGGGUACACCGAACCAUCCUUUACCAAAGGAAAGGAGAGUCUGCCGUCCCACAAUUCCUUGCGGCGGUAACAUUUAAAGCGACAGACGUUCUCAAACUCAAACAUAAAAUUCAUUGACCACAUUUAGCAAAGUACUUACAACGCAGACGCACAUUGAGUAAGACUCACAGUUUCCUUCUUUCUUUGGUUUGUUUUCUUUUGGCUUUGCUGUAAUCUGAUGCUGUUUCAACACCAGUUUAUGUUUUGGAUUGGAAAGUGUUAAAAAAAAAGAAAUCAUGGACUAUAAUGGAUAAAGGAAGUCAAUCACUGUGUGAGUUACCAUUGGCUGUUGAAAGCCUUUUCUCUCUUAUGUCAUAAUUUGCUAAUAUGCAUAGGCCUGUGUCUUGUGCUUUCACAGUUAUUUUUGGCUAAUGUAGUGGCAACCUUCAGCAAGAUCAUUAAUAAUUUUGCUGCAGAUGCUAUUUACUCAGCACCUCCUCUCUCUCGGUCGCGCUCUCUCUUGCUCUCUCUCGCAAAUAUAUUGACAACAGACACGUGGGAAUUGAAUGGUUAUCAUGAACACCGCUGCAGAAAUCUGUCCAACAGAAUGCUGUCAAUGUCGUAGACCCACCUUCAAAAUUAGCUUUUAGUUAUUAGCAAGUAGCCUAGCUAAUAAGGACAGCUAUGUUAAUGUUAGAAAGUGACAGAAGUGAACUACAUCAUGUUCAGCUACUACUUUAUCUCUACAUUAGUAAGAUUAGCUCUAUGUUAGCUUUAUGUCAGUAAUUUGGUAGCACUACUUUAUAGCUCCAAGUAAGAUUAGCUGUAGAUUAGCUGUAGAUUAUCUUUAUGUCAGUUAUUUGGUAGCACUAUUUUACAUCUACAUUAGCUUUAAGUAAGAUUGGCUCUAUGUUAGCUUUGUUAGCUUUAUGUCAGUUAUUUAGUAGCACUAUUUUACAUCUACAUUAGCUUUAAGUAAGAUUAGUUGUAGAUUAGCUCUAUGUUAGUUGUGUGUUAUUGCAAUGCCAGCUAUAAAUUGCUUAGCUGUGCAUUAGCUUAAUGUUAGCUGUAGGUCAGCUCUACAUUUUGUAAGGUCUACCUAAGGUAUGAUGUUCCUUUAUUGAUCCCCCAUAGAGGAAAUUCAGAUUGGGAAUGUAGUGUUAACAGUAAAAGAAAGAAUUAAUUAUAAUGAAAGUAGAAACAAUCAAAUCAGAGUCAAAUGUAUAAAAUAACACAUUAUAUUCAAUGGAAAUAGAAUAUGGUGACCUUGUGUAAAAGCUGUACAUUAGCUUAAUGUCAGCUCUAGUUCAGCUCCAUUUCAGUUAUCUCUACAUUUCAAUCUGACCCAGUAAACAUUGGGUGGAAGGUGAACAGUGCUAAGCUAACUCCACAGGUCCAUUGAGUUAACCCUCACAGGUACAACAAAGCUAACAGGAGAGCGGGCUGUAAAUCAGUGUCAGUGUGGGCAGACCACCAGGCAGAAUAAAUAAGUGAAAACAGCUGUUCAUUCUCAACAUGACAAUAGACUUAGUCCACAAUGCCCUCUGGUGCCAGAGAACUGGAAGUAAAUGUAACAGAAUAAAUGUAGAAUAACCAUUGGUCGUGUUGGUGUUUGGCAGUUUUGCAGUGAUUUUUUUUGUUUACUUUAUCUGACUUAUAACUGUGAACUGUAAACUCAGUGUCUCCUGUGAAUGAUAUGAAAAAAAUGUGAAAAUAAAUGUAAUCACCAGACUGAGAA